AUGAACACCGGCGAGCCAACAAAUGUGGAUACCGAAGAUGAUCUCGAGGACUGGUUGGAAAGCGAGCUGCUACCAGCUGGCGCGAUAACCGUUCCCGAGGAUCUGCAUCUCCCGUCUAAAAUACGAUGGAUAGUUAGCGACGGCGCAAAUGUGGUUGAAAACCAGGUUCUAGCAACAUUUUCUUUUGUCGAGAAUGCCAGUGGCAUUGGAAAGGAGCAUGUUAAGUCGACAAACAGCGACGACGGCGUCGAGGUGGCUUCAAUAGUUUCUGGACGUGAAGAUACUGAUACAUCGCGGUCGUUGCCAUCAGAAUCUGGUGACGCCUGCGUCUCCACAAAAGCAUACGAGUUGGAUGGACCAUCGCACCGGAGCUCCUUGUCCAACACGCAGGCCGACACUACAGAUUCCAAGGCUGUAAUAUCUGCACUCACCAACGGAUCACGCGGGGUAUCUAUUGAACUUGUCGGGAGGGCAACAGAGGGAUCAUUCGUGUUAAGGUCCGUCAGGCAUGGCACACUCAGACACAGGGUCCCGACUGACACAGUCAUCGAAGACUACUCAGCUGUGCUGGGGACUAUCGAGAGCGUGCAAUGUGAACAUAGCGUCGUUAUACACGGCCUCUGUGUCACCUGCUGUCAGGUGGUGGAUGACGCAAGCACAAAACGGCGCCAAGACGUGGCACCAGGGAAUUCAAAAAGGCAGUCUCCGGGUGAUAAACCGUCUGAUGCGCCCGAGAUGGUGGUGCCAGGUUUCAUCACCAAUAAUAACGCGGUACUCGUGGACGCCAAAAUGUCCAACGAGAUGGAACUCAUGGAGCUUCUCAGGUUGCUUCGGAAAAAGAAGUUAUGCCUGGUGUUGGAUCUUGACAACACAUUGAUCCAUUCGUCGUGCGCGAAGCCGCCUGACGACAUCGAUAUCCCCUUCAUAGACAUGUAUAGCCGAUCGCAAGGUUACAAGUUGCACUUCGACAGCGAGGAAGAUAAUAGGCGAUACGAAGCUGAACUUGAAAGUUCGAUUCUGAUCACUCGCACGCUUAAUGAACAGGAUGGCCGUUUCUUCGUCAACUACUACAAGCUUAGACCUGGAGUAUACGAAUUCCUGCGCAAUGCGUCGGAAAGAUACGAGCUGUACCUCUUUACUAUGGGUACACGGACACACGCACAAGCGGCUCUAAGGAUUUUGGAUCCCAAAGGCCUAUUGUUUGGCUCCCGCGUGUUCAGCAGAUCCGAAACUAACAACAGCUACAAGUCGCUCUGCCGUAUCUUCCCCAAUUAUCGUAAUUUGCUACUGAUACUGGAUGAUUCGGAGCAUAUUUGGAUGAACCCCCCCGGGUUGAUUAAGGUUUACCCAUACUACUAUUUCACAGACAUGUCGUUGAUAAGGAACAGAGAUUCUCGAAACCUAGGUCGUGUAUCGGCGGCUCUGCAGGCGCAUUGCAACUAUUCCAACUACGUGUGGCAUUCCCUUAUUAUGGAAAUAUGGAAUGAAUCCGAAUCGCGGGAGCGAGUCACUCGGGAUGACGACGGCUUCACGAUCCCCAUGAACCUUAAGAUGCCAAAGAAACGCAGCCCAAGUUUCCGGUACAACAACCUGCUUAUAGCUAAUUGCAGGCCAUCUAACAUAUAUCGCGACACUGCGGGCGCUGAUAGCGCAUCCGUAACCCAAAGGUUAUCAGAUUCCGCGGCUGCUAGGGCAGAACCCGCUGUGUUGCAAGAGGUUCGACCUGCAGAACCCAGACCGUCUGAUGACAAACGGGUUUUGUCGGAGGUGACGAACACGGGUAUAAACACAGAGGCGGAUACCAGGGCGCAUUCGGCUGAUUGUAAUAAGGAUACAAAGGGCACGAUACCGCAGGCUGAACGUGUUGCUGUUACUCAGAAAGACAUGGAACCAACAGCUGAUGCUUGCAAGCGCUCCGAGUCUGGCGAUUCGUCAAAGACAUUGCCACCAAACCAAGUUGCCUCACCCGUGGAUGCGCCCACCGAUUUUGCGGAGGCCGCACCGCCCACAGCACCAUCUACGCAACAGAACAGCUGUAUGCGGAAGCUGCGCAAAAUCUGGGUGAGGGAUUACGACAGCCAACUACCAUGCGUCACGCGGCUACUGAUCGAGAUGCAUCGCCGGUUCUUUGAGCUUGUUAAUGUGGCUGGGCUUACUCUAGAGCGUCUAAAGCAGCUCAUAGGCGGCAACGCACUCCCAGACGUGGGCGUGCUGCUGAAUGAGCGGCGUAAAUCCGUUUUACGGGGCGUUGUGCUCGGGGUCAACCGCAACGACUUCCGUUGCCCGCGCACUGGCGAAGACGUUGACUUCUUCAACAAGUCCGACCUGGGUUACUUGGCAGUUCGUUUCGGCGCAGCACCACCGUCCGUGGAGUGCUCGAUGACGCACUACCUGAACAACAACACGUCGGCAGUGGCACCCAAAGCAGGUGUCAAGAGAGUGCACAGCCAGUGGCUGGAGGCAUGCAUCCACACGUGGAGCCGCGUCGACGAGUCGUUAUUCGACCCCGAGACGUGGAAGGAACCGCAUCGCACCUUUUGGGAUGUUAUGAAUGCUAAAAAAUAA